CCGCAUGCCUGCCCACUGCUCAAAUAAAGCGUCGUCAGACGACCGGGUGCGAUCAUGGCGAUGGUCGCAGAGAACCAUCAGCCACCGGCGCAGUCGCUGCGGCUGGUCCUGGCGCCGCCGCCGCCUCCUCCUCCUCCUCCCCUGCCGCUGGCGUACAAGCACCAUUGCAAGGUGUGCAAGAAGGGGUUCAUGUGCGGCCGCGCGCUGGGUGGCCACAUGAGGGCGCACGGCAUCGUCGACGACGACGACGGGGCUAGCCGUGACGACACGAUUGAUGAUGAUGACUUGCAGUCGUCUCCAUAUGAUGGUGGUGGCGGUGAGCCAUCGGAGAUGAUGACCGGGAGCCCCACGACAGCGACAACGACGACUAGACAUAUGUACGCUUUACGGACCAAUCCUGGGCGACUGAGAAACUGCAGGGUAUGCGAAAACUGCGGGAAGGAAUUCAACUCAUGGAAGAUGUUGCUAGAUCAUGGUAGGUGCAGCUUCGUUGAGGAAGAUCAUCUCGAUGGCUUGCCCCAUUCAUCGGCAUACCAUGACUGCGGCGAUGAUGGGGAGGACGAUGGUGAGGAUAUAGGUUUAGCCCCAGAGUGGUCUAAAGGAAAGCGCUCCCGACGUGCUAAAGUGAUGAGUGUUGGGACUGGCUCUGUGUCUGAAGUACAGCCAUCGGCCCCGUCGACAGAAGAGGAAGAUCUUGCCAACUUUCUAGUGAUGCUCUCCUCAUCAUCAUCGUCACGUGCUACGCAGCCCAUUGUCGUAGAUACGGACCAAGAGUCUUGUGCGUCAGCUAACAAGGCAGAGGAGAGAAGCAUGAUUUUGGUGCCACAACCAAUCUCAAUAGCCGCACCUGUGAUGGCUCAAAUGACGGUGAUCGCUCCACAAGUGGUGCCACAUCACGUUCCAACCGUGCCACGCGGUAUGUUUGAGUGCAAGGCCUGCAAGAAAGUAUUUUCAUCGCACCAAGCGCUCGGUGGUCACCGUGCUAGCCACAAGAAGGUAAAAGGUUGUUUCGCCGCCAAGCUCGAGAGCAAUCGUAAUGAGAAUCAGCAGCAACAACAGCACGUCGCAGCUGCUCCUCAAGAGAAUAACAAGGCUACUACCUCCCAUGCCAUCCCAGAAAUCGGUACGGACGCAAGCAUGUUAAGUCCCAAUGUCGAUGCUGAUAUCAAGGGGAAGAGUGCUGGCAUAGACGAAGUUGUCAUUGCCACCCCUGUGUCGGAUAUGGCCAUGACGAUGGCGGUCGACAACCUUGCACCAGCAUUAGGCCCGGCCACCGUCUCUCCAUUUAAGAAAAAAGGGAAGGUGCAUGAGUGUUCAAUCUGUCACCGGGUGUUCACGUCAGGGCAAGCCCUUGGUGGCCACAAGCGAUGCCACUGGCUCACGUCGAGCUCGACAGACCCACUCACGAAGCUCCAGCCCAUUGCCCAAGACCAUGCCAUGGUGGCCGCCAUGUGUCACCAGCUCACCCUUGGCCGCCCAAUAUUCGAUGCUUGCGACCAGCGCAUCCUAGAUCUCAACAUACCCACAAAUCCGUUGACUGAGGCCAGGCAGCAACAGGCUGCAGGGCUCAACGACGGCGCGCUAUGUCUCAACGCCGCCGCCGCCGCGGCGUCGGUGUACUUGCAGUCGUGGACAGGUCACAGCAACGGGAGCCAGGUGAACAAAACUACCGUGACGAGCAGCCGCGUGAACGACGCAGCGGGUGACGUGGCCACAGAGGACGAAGCGGACAGCACGAGCGCCAAGAGAGCCAAGAUCGGUGACCUCAAGGACAUGAACGUGGCAGGGGAGUCGAUGCCCUGGUUGCAGGUUGGCAUUGGAAUUUCGUCGGAGAGCAAAGAAAAGAGCACGCAGGAGUGAUAGGGAGAUGACAAUGGUUUCACAACCGUGAUCAACUGGUCAUGCAGAUUAACGAACGAAGAAACUAAUUAAUUACUUAAUUAACUAGUGCUAAUUCGAUUGGUAUAUAUAUACUCUAGUGUACGUACUAUAUCAAUUCUUUAUAUGAUUGGGAUAUAUAUAUGUAUACAUCCAAUGUAAUAUAUUAGCAGUAUAGGGAUCAAUUAUUGUGUUCCUAUGGUAUGAGGCAACAUUUAGUGAACGUAUUGUUAGGGGACUGUAAAUUAAUAGGCUAGCAAGCUUGAUUCUAAAAGGUUUCCUUGCUGUACGAUCCUUUUAGGAGCCUUGUGUCUAGUUUCCCCCUCAUUUUCCUUAA